GUGGAGGAAGGUGCUUUUGUCAAAGAAAACUUCGAUGAGCUCUGCUGGACCCUGACGGCGAAGAAGAAUUACAAACCCAACCGGAACGGGAACAGCGUCAUAUCCCACCAAGAUGCCUUCAAGCUUUGGUGUCUCUUCAACUUUCUGUCUGAAGACAAAUACCCGCUCGUCAUGGUGCCAGACGAGGUGGAAUACCUGCUGAAGAAGAUCUGCACGGCCAUGAACGUGGAGCUGAACUCCUGCGAGCUGGAUGACUACCUGUCCCAGGAGCCGCAGGGGCAGGGUGGGCUGACGGUCUGGCAGUUCCUGGACAUGGUGAACUCGGGGCGGUUCCUGCGAGGCAUCGAGCAGGAGGCCGUCAGCAUGGCCGUGGAGGAGGUGUACCAGGAGGUCAUCGAGGAUGUGCUCAAGCAGGGCUACCUCUGGAAGAAGGGCCAGCUGAGGAGGAACUGGUCGGAGCGGUGGUUCACGCUGAAGCCCAGCGUCCUGUCCUACUACAUGAGCGAGGAACGGAAGGAGAAGAAGGGGAGCAUUGCGCUGGACAAACACUGCUGUGUGGAGGUGCUGCCCGACCGCGAUGGGAAGCGGUGCAUGUUCUGCGUGAAGACCUCCUCCCGCACCUACGAGAUGAGCGCCUCUGACACCCGCCAGCGCCAGGAGUGGACGUUAGCCAUCCAGACGGCCAUCCGGCUGCAGGCAGAGGGCAAGAAAUCCCUGCACAAGGACCUGAAGCAAAAGCGACGGGAGCAACGGGAGCAACGGGAACAACGCAAAGCGGCCAAGGAGGAGGAGACGCAGCGGCUCAAAGAGAAGGAGAGUACGCUGCAGGAGCUGGAGCUGCUGAAGGAGGCCCAACGGCAAGCAGAGAUACUCCUGCAAGAGGAGGAGCAGCGGCGGAGGCAGCAGCACGAGGAGAUGCAGAGGACCCUGGAGAUCCAGCUGCGGGAGGCGGAGGAGGCUCGUGCCUCCAUGCAGGCGGAGAUGGUGCUGAAGGAGGCGGAAGCAGAGCGGCAGCGCAAGCGCAUCCUGGAGCUGGAGGAGAUGCAGGAGCGUCUGCAGGAGGCUUUGCAGCAGGAGGUGAAAGCGCGGCAGGACGAGGAGUCCGUGAGAUACGCUCAGGCCAGGCUCCUGGCUGAGGAAGAGGAGAAGCUGAAGCAGCUGAUGAAGCUGAAGGAGGAGCAGGAGGAAUAUAUCAUCAAAACGCAGCGGGAGAAGCAAGUCCUGAAGCAGGAGAUGGAGACCAAGAACAAGAUUCUGGAAGAGGCGCAGAAGCAGCUGGAAGAAGUGCGAGUGAACAGGCAGCGGGUGGACCAGGACGUCAUGGCGGCCCAGCGGAAGCUGCGACAGGCCAGCACCAACGUCAAGCAUUGGAACGUCCAGAUGAACCGACUGAUGCACCCCAUUGGGCCGGGAGAGAAGCGUACGAACGUGAGCAGCGUAGGCUUCGCUGGCUACCAACCUCUCCUCUCCCGGAGAGAUUCCUCCCUCAAACUCAAGCAGAAAGUGGAGGAUAAAAGCAACAACCCCACGACGGACAACAGCAAGGAAAACGUAAGCAACGGUGGGAACAGCAGCGUGUCGCCAUCCCCGGAUGCGGACACCAUGGCCACGGAGCCCACCAACUAGCCCGGCAGGAUGGCAGAGCCCAGCGGGGUCUGUGUCCGAGCAGACACAGUCCAUACGGCCAUCUCUGGAUGGAGACAAGUGGGGACCAGCACAGAGCCUAUAAGU